CAGCCUCGGCCAAUAAGAAGUCCGUUUGUUGAAUGGGCGCAAAAAUCUGUUGUCUGGGUUUACAGGUACACAUUGAGAGAGUUAAUCUCCGGUCAAAACAAAGGGAAAAAUAUUUAACUGUAAUGAACGUUACUGAGCUUUACUCCAACGAGGGGUACGAGUGAAGAGCGACUCUCCGGGAGACAGGUCGCACGUCGUGUCUAGCGUAAUGCUAAACAAACUGCUCGCUGCUACUUCAUGAAUUGAGCUCUUAUUGCUAGCCAGCUAACACGUUAGCGCUGCCUCUUACAAACAAUGUCCAGUCUACCACAAAAUAACUUGAAGGAACAGCUAGCGAGGCACAGCAAUGCUGCUCAAAGCAAGCAGUCUGUUGCUAAACCUAAACCGGGGGCUUUUUCUUUCAAAAAGAAGUCCUCAUCAGGUACGACCAAGAUGGAAGUCCCUACCAAGGUAAUCAGCUCAAAUGCUUUGGCAAACAGGAAUGUCAAUGUCCCCAAGAGCGGUUUGGUGACUAAAUCUCCUUUGACAUUUUCAAACAAGCUUGAGAGACCUCAAAAAUCCAAAAUCAACAACUACUUCUCUCUAAGUUCAAAAUGCAAGUCGGAUACCAUCAGCCCAGCAGAUAUUGCCUCUCCUGCAUCCCAAACACCUUCAGUGGUCUCUGAUAUUAAGUCAGCACCAGCUCCAGCUAAAUCUGACAGCCUGUCUUGUAGCAGUAAUUCAUUCAAUUUCACAGCUCUGGAUGUGUCACGUAGUUUUCCUGUGGACAACUGGGAUGAUUUAGAUGACUUUGAAACACCAGCCAAGGGAAAAAACAACUCAUUCAGUUCAGAAGUAUCAGAGAAAAGUGGCAAACUACUGCCAUCCCCUACUGGAGAAAAAGCAGAAUCGACAGGGAAACUAAACUAUGAUUCCUUAUUUAAAACAUCCAAAUUAACUAGCAAGAGUGGUAAGCAAACCUGCAUGGAAACAGAUGAGCCAGAGGAAAAUGUCAACACCGCUGCAGUUUCACCAGGACCCAGUUUAAACCAGGAACCAGCAGACUGGUCAGAUGAGGAGGAACUUGCCAUUAAGAUGAACAGAAAACAUCCUGCACAUCUAAAGCAUAUCUUGAGUGACAGUGAAGAAGAUAAUAAUGCUGAGCUGGAACCUUUUACAGGAAGCACAGGUAACAAGAAAAUAUGGAUUGACCCAAAGACAAUAGAGAUAGAUGACAACUCUGAGCCUGAAGAUGACCUUGAUUGCAUUCCACCUUCACCCAUCCCUGAUGAGAUCAUUUACGCAGGCUCAGCACUGGAGACAAGAGCUGAAUCAGCUGAUGCUCAAAUUGGAGACAAUGCUGUGAAAUCAAAGAGCCCCGUCGCACUGCGUGAACCAUCCGAGCUCUGCUUAAAAGACAAAACAAAUGAAAAACUUUUUGCUAUCAUGGAGUCCAUUUGUGCUCUGGUUGACUCCAUCCCUGAACAUGAAUUAAUUGCUUUGUCCUGUGGAGAUGAACUUUUACUGAAGAGGGCCCAGAGGAAGAGAAUUCUUGCAACUGGCGGUGACUGUUUGUUUAGGAUGCAGCAGCCAGACAGCACAGUGAUUUCUGAACCCAGCUUCAAAGAAACAUCUUUUUCUAGCAACGGUGUUUCAUCCAACUGCUCUGUGCCUGUGGACUCCAAGAAGCCUCCUCAGCAUAGAAGAUCUUCAGUCAUCUCUGUGGACUAUGACUCUGAUCACUCUGACAGUGUUAUUGAUAUAAAGCCCUUGGAUAAUAAGGACAGCAGGGCAAUAAGUGUUGAAACUGACAGUAUCUGUGACUCUCCAUCAGCACACAGGUUCACAAAGCCAUCUUUUAAUAUAUCUGAGAAAUCAAGCAUUGAUCUUGAUGGCUCAGACCUCUUCUUCUCACCCAAGGACUCAGAGAGUGGUGCGCAGAAGAAAUCAAACAACACCCCAACGUUUGUAGCUGCUGAAGAUGAAGAAAUGGAUGACUUCUAUAAUGACGACUUUGAUAUAGAUGACUUUAAUGACUCUGAUAUCCCAGAUUACUUUGACGAACCACAAACUUCAUCAGCUGUGACUACAGCAGUGAAAGAGGGGGGGCCGAGCAAGUCCUCAUGGGAAAAGAAACCAACAACACCUACUUCUGCUCCAAAGCCGUCAACAAUUUGUUCUCCAGAACCCACCUUCAAAAACCCAGCUCAUGAUCGCUUCAGAGGCUUUAACUUCCCUCAUUCACAAGAGAUGAUGAAGAUCUUUCACAAGCGUUUUGGACUUCAUCAGUUCAGGUUUAAUCAACUAGAAGCGAUUAAUGCUGCACUGCUGGGUGAAGAUGCGUUUGUUUUAAUGCCCACAGGUGGAGGGAAAAGUUUGUGCUAUCAGCUGCCUGCGUGUGUCUCGCUGGGGGUCACUGUGGUGGUUUCUCCACUCAAAUCACUCAUCGUAGACCAAGUUCAGAAACUCACCACUCUGGAUGCCCAGGGGCCAGAACUUGUCAGGCAAAGACUCCAGUUUGGCCCAAAGUUUACGAUGAGCUUCAACAGAACAAACCUGAAGUACUCAGUGCUGCCCAAGAAACCCAAAAAGGUGGAUGAGGACUGCACCAGCUGGAUCAAGAAGCACUACCCACGUGACUCUGGCAUCGUGUACUGCCUGUCUCGUAAUGACUGUGAUGCCAUGGCCGAGAGUCUUCAGAGAGCAGGGUUAUCAGCCCUGUCGUAUCACGCAGGACUCAGUGACAGUGACCGAGAGUAUGUGCAGACCAAAUGGAUCAAUCAGGAUGGUUGCCAGGUCAUCUGUGCCACCAUAGCCUUUGGCAUGGGCAUUGACAAGCCUGAUGUGCGCUAUGUGAUCCACGCUAGUCUGCCUAAAUCAAUGGAAGGAUACUACCAGGAGUCAGGGAGAGCUGGCAGGGAUGGAGAGAUCUCUCACUGCAUUCUCUUUUACUCCUACACCGACGUCCAGCGCAUCAAGAGGAUUAUCAGCAUGGACAGAGAAGGUGACAGACACACCAAGGCAACUCACUACAACAACCUACACAGCAUGGUGCACUUCUGUGAGAACGUGAUGGAGUGCAGAAGAAUUCAGCUGCUCGCUUACUUCGGAGAGCUGAAGUUCAACAGAAACUUUUGUAAGGACCAUCCAGACGUCAGCUGCGACAACUGUACCAAACCCAACCAAUACAAGAUGCGAAACGUGACUGAAGACGUGAAAAAGAUCGUGAGGUUUGUCCAGGAGAACUGUGAGAAAGUCGGAGCAAGGUUUGGCAAGACUGCUAACCAAAACAGACUGACCCUCAACAUGCUUGUGGAUAUCUUCAUAGGCUCUAAAGCUGCCAAGGUACAGACAGGAAUGUUUGGCAUUGGAGCAGCCUACUCCAGACACAAUGCUGACCGUCUUUUUAAAAAGCUGGUUCUGGAUAACGUCCUGGUUGAAGACCUCUACAUCACCAAUGCUGGGCAAGCUGUGUCUUAUAUCUCCGCUGGAACAAAAGCAAUGAAUGUGCUGUCUGGACACAUGCAGGUGGAGUUUUAUGAGACUGAGAGCGCGUCCACCAUCAGGAAACAUAAAGCUGCCACGGCGAAGAACGUCUCCCGGAGAGAGGCGAUGGUGCAGGAGUGUCUUAAGGAGCUGUUGGAUCUCUGCAAGCAGCUGGGGAAAGCAUUUGGCCUUCAUUAUUACAACAUUUUCUCCACUGCCACAUUGAAAAAGAUAGCUGAAAAGCUUUCUUCUGACCCUGAAGUCCUCCUGCAAAUUGAUGGUGUAACAGAAGAUAAACUGGACAAGUAUGGAGCUGAAGUCAUUCAGGUCCUACAGAAAUAUUCUGAGUGGCAGCUACCUGAGGAGCAGGCUGACAGUGGAGGCGACGGGUGGAUAGACACGGCACGAGGUCGCACUCGUGGAAAUGACGAGGAUGACACGGAGUCCUCCACCUACUUCCGUAAUAAGUCUGCACAGGGACAGAAGAGAAAGAAGGCUCCGUUCUUCAAGUAUUCCAAGAAGAAAAAAGGAUGUGGCAACACAAGCUCCGGUUCUAAAGGCCGUGGCUACAGCAGCAAUAAAUCCUGGUCGUCCUCCAGCUCCAGGGGUGGAGGUCGAGGGUCCAGGAGCUCAGCAGGUGAUGCAUCAGCAGCCAGGAGACCAGGAUUACUGGCAGCCCCGAUGCCUCAAAGCAGCCAGCGUCCGUUCUUAAAGCCAGUAUUUUCACACUUGAGCUAGGACUCCUUCGUCCCGUAUCUGACUUUGUAGACUAGCAAGCUAAUUUUCUAAUCCACCAAGCUGCUGCUUCAUAUUGGACCAGCUAAAACUGCAUUUUCUGUACAGUUAUCGCAUGUUUAUAUUGUUGUACAUUUUUACUUUCUGUGGCUGGAAUCCUUCCCUGCACUUUUGUGCUUAUCUUAUUUGAUAAUAAAAAUAAAUUAAAAUUUUAUUCAUGAG